AUGCAGUCCAUUUCUGGAAUUAUUACACAACUUCACAGCACAUUAGGAGAAGUUCCACCGCCACUUGUUGGAGCAUCAGUAAAUGUGAUUAAAGACAAAGUAUAUGUGUUUGCCGGCCGGUUAGCAUCCUCAAGAAAGAUGACCAACUUUUUAUAUAUCCUGGAUCUCAACACCUUACAGUGGACACGACACAUUCCGCCUCCAGACUCUGAUAAACCACCACAGCCUCGAUAUUUUCAUUCAGCGAGUGUCUACCAGGAGAACCAAUUGAUCGUCUUUGGCGGCAUGGGUUACUCUCGACUGUCAACAGGCGAACUAUGUGUGAUGGACGAUGUGGCCGUUUUGGAUAUUGCGACAAUGUGCUGGAAGAAGAUGAGGAUACAGCCAUCAUUAUAUUCACCACAAUCGAGAUACGCCCAUUUGUCAACAGUGGUAGAGGACCGGCUGAUCAUCUUGGGAGGACAAGACUUGGAAAGUAAUUAUUUGGAUGAAAUGAACGUGCUUAAUUUGAAAACCUGGGAAUGGGAGAUGAUCAAAGCGCUCGAUAAACAUGUGGGCGCUUACCGUUCGAUGGCUGCCACUGUGCCAUUGAUGUCCAAAGUAGAUGAAGACAACAGAAAUAAUAACAAUACGGAUGACCCCGCUACUGCUUCGAUGAAUCAGGAAAACAAAGAUCAAACUACAGGAGUUUACCUUUACACCAAUUCGAAUUUUUCUGAUGUGAAGAGAGAACUACAACUGAUCCACGCCAAUCACUCGAUUGAAGACUACUCUGGCUACAUGACUGGGUCCAUCAUGCCACCCGGUCUCCGAUUUCCUACGGGCCAUGCACUUGGAAAUCACCUGAUUCUUGCCGGCACUUAUCUGUCUCCUCAAAGCCAGUCGUAUACCAUCUGGUCAUUGGACCUUGCCAAACUGACCUGGUCACGUAUUGAGACAGGCAAUGUCUUCCAAACUGGCUCAUGGAAUCGUGGUGCGCUCUUCAAGGACAAGAAUCGAUUUCUGGUGUUUGGUAACCCCAACAGGAGUCUCCUCGAGGAUUACAGUCACCGCCAGAUCAAUUUUGAUCAUAUGGCCUCGGUAGAUCUCGAAGCCUUUGGCGUCUAUUCUCUUCCCAAGAUGACCUGCUCGUCUCUGGCUCAAGAAAUGGGGUUGCGUCUGCUGAACGAGCCGGCCAUCAGUGAUUUUUACAUCAUGACGCUCGAUAAUCAAACAAUUCCUGUCAAUUCGGCUGUUCUUUGCCAGCGAUGGCCCUACUUUGCCAAAAUCUUGGAAUCAUCCGAACGUCAAAGUCGGUACCUCUCCUUUCCUUAUCCUCACGCUGUUGUCGUUGCCUUGCUUCAGUUUAUCUAUACAGAUCAUCUCUUGACUGCCCAACAGUAUCAACCUCACAUUCUCUCUCAACUCUUACUUCUCUCAGACAUGUACCACUUGCCUAGACUUUGCGAACUCGCAAGACACGCACUUCAUCAGAUGCUCAACAUGUCAACUGCUCCGCUUAUUUUCGAAACAGCUGCACUAUCACAUCAGACCAGCCUUCAGAUUCGUGCACUAAAAAUGAUGAUUGCCGCCAAAAAGAUGAUCCAACAACAACAACAACAGCAGCAACAACAGCAACAACAACAACAACAAGGACAACAAGGACAACAACAACAAAAUCCAAGGUCUCGUGCGAUAUCAUCACCUGCAACAACUACACCUACUCCUGGCCUAGUUCAACCUGCACCCUCUACAUCAACCGCGACUGCAUCUGACCAACGUUCAUCUUUAUUUGAAUACCAGAGCAACACUGCAUCGCCUACACUCAACUCGUUUCGUUCGAGGAAAUAUUCGGUUGGCAGUAAAUAUCCUUCGACACCUAGUAACAAAUCAGCCUUCAUGCAGUCUGAGAUCGAUAUCCUGCCAACCAGUGAUUCAAACAUGAGUAGUCCAUCGAUGACGCCUACGGUAACAACGCCUAUGAAAGAAAAGAAGAAGAAGAAGGCAUUCUUGGAAGCAUUUGGUAAACUGUCUUCAUCAUUUCAGAGUAAUUAG